UUCAAAGAAAAAUUAGACAAUUAUUUUAUCCAACCCGAGAGGGGUUUCUCUUCCACAUCGUCUACAAUUGUUAAACCCUUGAACCUAAAUUGUUAACAAAGAAAAUGAUGAAAUUAAGCUCAUCAAUCUCCAGCAUUCGUUUCCCGAAUUUCAAUUUCCCCUCCAAUAUUACUUAUCCUUCAUCGAAAUUUCCAUCUCUCAAAACAACCAUGUCUCAUUUCCCUGAAAUUUCCAUGCAUUCUUCUCCCGCCAUUACUGCGGAGGAACCCCAAGUGGCACCGCCCAAGCCUAAGCCUCGGCAUCCGUGGCUCAUUGUCGGCCUCGGUAACCCCGGCAAGAAAUACAAUGGCACCCGCCACAACGUGGGCUUUGAGAUGGUAGACGCCAUAGCUGAGUCUGAAGGGAUUUCCAUUACCAGUGUUAACUUCAAAGCCCUGCUUGGAAGAGGGUUUAUUGGAAAUGCUCCUGUCAUGCUUGCCAAACCACAAACUUUCAUGAACUUAAGUGGUGAAUCAGUUGGGACCAUUAUCUCAUAUUACAAGAUACCAUUAAAGCAAGUACUUGUGAUUUAUGAUGAUUUAGAUUUACCUUUUGCCAAACUGAGACUACUUCCAAAAGGUGGACAUGGAGGACAUAAUGGGAUGAGAAGUAUCGUUGACCGUUUAAAAGGGAGUCGUGAUUUCCCUCAUCUAAGAAUUGGCAUUGGACGGCCUCCUGGGAAGAUGGAUACUGUUAAUUUUGUUCUCCGUCCUUUCAAUAGACAAGAACGCGAAGAGCUCGAGUUUACAUUUCAACAUGGGACGGAGGCUAUUCGGAUUCUUUUACUUGAGGGUUUUGAUAAAAGUGCUACAUUUGUCAACAGCGCCAAAGCAAUGGAACUACUUAGUUAAAUUAUUGCUCUUGAUGAUUUAAUUUAACAUUGGAGGGCUUGAGAAAUACGGUGGACUACAGUAGAAGAUGAUAAAUAUGAAUCAACAUUCAACACAGAGCAAGCAAUAUGAUCACAGCAAACUGACUCCGCCUAACAUGACCGGUUUACUGUACUUUGGCAUACAUGGGUUGAGCAGAUUAUCGGGUUUGGACUUGUCAGGUAUUUGCUGUCUUUUAUAGUAAGUGCAAGAACCAGGUUUGAGAAACUAUCUGUUUAACAUUGCUUAUAACUCCGGAUGUACUUUUUCAAAAGAAAUUCGUAUGGAACAAUGUCAAGAUCUUUAUUUCAGUC